AUGUUUCACGAAGGGGAUCUGCAGAGCGGCAUAGGAGUGGCGGUCCAGCAGUCCAAGGCCGUGCUGUGCUUUGUUGACGAUGACACGGAAACAAGCGCUCAGUGGAAAGCCGUCCUGGAAGAUGAGGCCAUAUCUCACGCCAUUGCAGACCAGGCCGUCGCACUCCGACUCCAGGCAGGGUCUCCAGAAGCGGGCUUCCUCACCCCGAUUUGCUCAAUAAACAGCACGCCGGCCGUCGUCGUCAUUAAGGAUGCCCAAGUCCAGAUGAAUCUUCAGUCUGCCGAAGUACCUGUCGAGGAGUUGAAGUCAAGGCUCACGACAACAUUCGACACACAACGACAUCGACAAGCUCAGGAAAGCAGUGAACCCUCCUCUACAGACGCCUCCGAUGUGGCUCUUGAAUACCUACACCUCCAACCACAACCGGGCCAGAUGAGACUCCCCAACAAUGCCUACGACGCUCUAAGAAACUAUACCCAGAGACUCCUCGAUGAAGGGAAAUCCCAUUCAGAUAUCUUCGAAACACAAUUAACUCUGCUGAACAAUAUACCAAUCUUCAAGGAAGAAGUGUCAAACUUGCGAGGGACCAAAUCAAAGCGAGAACUCUCAGAAUAUGCAAGGUCACGGCUCCUGCGACUACCGGCUGUCGGCCUGAAGAUACCGGGCCAGAGUAGAGGUGCUCCGACAUCAUCUUCACAACCGCCUCAGCAACAAAGCGCCCUAUCAAACCCACCUGCCACAGCCUCGGCAGGAGAACGAGUCUAUCCUACACCGAACCGUACAGCACCAGCACCGCAGUCGCAGUCACCUACACCUUCACACCCCAACCCAUCGCAAUCUUCCCCAAUUUCCGAACCUGAUGAAAAACAGAAAGCCCAACGGCAGGAAUAUAUCCGCAUGCAGCGCGAACGCGAACAGGCCGCACAAGCCGAGCGUGAACGGAUAAAGGCCCAAAUAAAAGCUGACCGUGAAGAACGACGCCGAGUGGACGAGCUUCGCAAACAAGGUGGCUACCGAUCAUCAGACACCGACACCGGUUCGACUUCUACAUCUGUUCGGGGGACCGCUCGAGCACACGCGACCACGGACGUGCGUGUCCAAGUCCGCACGUUUGAUGGCUCGACAUUGCGAACAUCACUCCCCGCGUCCGCACGUAUAACCGACAAGCUUCGCCCGUGGAUCGACGAAGCCACGAAUACAAACAUCCCUUAUAACCUCAAGCUCAUACUCACGCCCCUGCCAAACCGCACAAUCGAAGCCGGCGAGGAAGAUACUUCUCUCUCGGACUUGGGUAUCGUGGGAAGUUGCACCUUUGUCAUGGUGCCUGUGAAGGGAUAUGUGGAGAGCUAUUCGACCGGUGCGGGCGGGUUGAUGGGGCAAAACGGGCUGUUGGGUGGUGUAGGCGGGAUGGUCAGCGGGGGCUAUAAUAUCGUCAGUGGGACGGCAGGGUGGGCUUUGGGAGGCGUCAAGUCCUUGUUGGGCUAUGGAGGCCCACAAGUGGGAACAACAGACGCGAGUAGUAGCAGCACUCCCAGUGCGGAACAGGGUGCUGGAGGAGCCAAGAACGUGCGAAUUCGCACUCUCGCGGACCAAAGGGCGGAAGAAGCGAAGAAGAACCAGCAGUUUUACAACGGCAAUCAGUUGAACUUUGAGCCGAAGAAGGACGACGAUGGGAAGAAGGACUGA